AGGCCCCGCCCGCCCGCAGCUCCGCGUGCGCUGAAGAUGGCGGCUGCAGCAGCAAGGUUGCUCCGGGCCUCGGUUGCACCCCGGGUGAGCGUAAUUUCUCGCGGCAUUUCUGCCUCUGCAGCCUUCGCACCUGUUGCUUCUAGAAGACCAUGCCUGACAAAGGCACUGUGGUCUGGGUCUCCUCAAGCCAAACUUCCCUUCAGCACCAGUUCCUUGCACCACGCUCCAGCCGUCACCCAGCACGCGCCCCCUUUUAAGGGAACAGCUGUUGUCAACGGAGAAUUCAAAGAGCUAAGCCUUGAGGACUUUAAGGGGAAAUAUUUGGUGCUUUUCUUCUACCCUUUGGAUUUCACCUUUGUGUGUCCUACAGAAAUCGUUGCUUUUAGUGACAAAGCCAAUGAGUUUCACGAUGUGAACUGUGAGGUUGUGGCAGUUUCAGUGGAUUCCCACUUUACUCACCUUGCCUGGAUCAAUACACCAAGGAAGAGCGGUGGUUUGGGCCGUAUGAACAUAGCACUUCUGUCAGAUUUAACUAAACAGAUUUCCCGGGACUACGGUGUACUUUUGGAAGGUCCUGGUAUUGCACUCAGAGGACUCUUCAUAAUUGACCCCAAUGGAGUCAUCAAGCAUCUGAGUGUCAACGAUCUCCCAGUGGGCCGAAGCGUGGAAGAGACCCUCCGCUUGGUGAAGGCAUUCCAGUUCGUGGAAACCCAUGGAGAAGUCUGCCCAGCGAACUGGACACCGGAUUCCCCUACAAUCAAGCCAAGCCCAGCGGCUUCCAAGGAGUACUUCGAGAAGGUCCAUCAGUAGGUGGCCAUGUGCACCUUCAGCUGCCCAGCUAGGCCAGAGCCACAACCACAUGCUCACAGGCUUUCAGAGAUGAUUAUUUAUAGACGGCAAAGCCCAAUUAUGUUUGUCCUUAGAAAUAGUACUCCAAACGCUCUGUUUCUGUAACUCUGGCUAGAGCUUUCUGAAGGCGGUCAGUUGCUGACCUCAGGAGACCUCCCUGGGCCACCUCCACAACUAGCAAAGUUUUCAGAAACCCAGUUCCCGUUUCCUCAAUUGUGUCCUCAGUCGGUAAAGAAAGCAUUUUUGUUUCUUAUCCUUCCUUGAACCAUCAUUGCCAACAAAGUAAUACCACGUGCACUGAAAGCUUCUGGGAGAGAGUCCUACAACUUUCUUCUUGAAUUUCAUCAUAUUUUUGGACUGAACUUUCUUUUAGGGUAACAAAGAUUAUGUCCUGUGUUGUUCGCAUUUAAAGUGGAUGUAUACAGAGUGAUGGAAAUGAAUGUGAAUCAUGUUACCAAAAAGCCCGAUGACAGAGAUUUACCUGAUCAUGUCUGAUAACCAUCCCUGAGAUUUACACAUUUACAUAGUUAAUUUUACUCAUUGCAU